AUGCACUUCCCAUCUAUUGUGGUCGGCCUCGCCCUUAGCCUCGUCGGUGAGGCGGCCGCCCGACCAAGCCAAGACAAGUAUGACUACAUUGUCGUCGGUGGUGGUCCUGCUGGUAUCAUUACCGCCGAGCGUCUGGCAGAGACCAAUAAGAAGGUCCUUCUACUCGAGCGCGGCCAAGGACCGACUGUCGAGACUGGAGCUACGAACUCGCUCGUAUGGAACGAUACUAUCACCGCCGUCGACGUCCCCGCCCUGGCCCCCGUCAUUCCUCCCGGGUACAUGUGUGAGGACACCCCUGGGUCCGCGGCCUGCGUCCUCGGUGGUGGCACAUCCAUCAACUUUCUCGUCUUUGUGCACCCUCCUGCACACGACUUUGAAAAUUGGCCUCGCGGCUGGAAGUGGCCCAACGUCGCGCCUGCUGCCGCCAGGCUCUACGAACGUAACCCCGGUAGCACGCUCCCGUCUGGAGAUGGUCAGCGCUAUGACCAGGGUCUCUACUCGACCAUGUCUAACUUCCUCAACAACCUCGGCUGGAAGUCUGUUGAUAUGAUCGAAGAACCUGACAAGAAGCACAAGGCGUACAGCUACCCCUCGUGGAAUAUCAAAGACUCCAAGCGCGCCGGCCCCGUCCGCACCUACCUUCCCAAGGCGCUUGAGUACGACAACUUUACGCUCCGACUCGGCGUCAAGGUCAGCCGUCUCAUCCGCAAGGGAAGCCGCGUAACUGGCGUAGAGGUUGAGAGCAACGGCAAGAUCGAGACUAUCGGUCUCGCCUCCAACGGCAGGGUGGUUCUUGCUGCUGGCGCCUUGUCCACGCCCAGGAUUCUCUUCCAUUCGGGCAUCGGUCCAACCAAGCAGAUCGAGGCCGCGAAGAAGUCUGGCGUCAAAGUCCCGUCCAAGAAAGACUGGAUCAAACUUCCUGUUGGCCAGAACUUGAAAGACCACCCCAUCUUCGCUAUCACGGCCCAAACCAACGGCAACUGGGGCGCGCUUGAUCUUGCUAGCGUUGUAAAUGGUUCCGAUACCGCUAGCAUUCAGCUUUACGAGGGUAGCGGCUCUGGCGUGCUGUCCCAGGGCCGCCACCGCCUGAUUUUCUUCACGUCGAGCGUCGGUAGUGAUGGAAUCACCCGCUACUUCCAGGGCUCUUGUGCCGCCUCCGGCAACGGCACUGUCGCUAUCACUAGCUACAUGACCCAUGGUCUUACGUCGACUGGUGUCUUUGGCCUCCUGAACAACGGCACUGGAGUCUUCGAGCAGUCUGCGUACCUGCAGACGGAUGCCGACAGGAAGUCAGCCACCGAUUUUGUGCAGAGCAUGGUCGACGCCAUUUCUGCCCCCACGUCGGGAUUCUCUCUUCGUACCAACACAAACACCACUGCCAUCUUGAACACGCUGAGGAGUGGCAACCACUACACUGGUACGGCGCGCAUGGGAUCCGACGACGGUCGCAAGGGUGGCAAGGCAGUCGUCGACACGAACACCAAGGUGUACGGCGUGGACAAUCUUUUUGUCACAGACGCAAGCAUUCACCCCGACCUUCCCACUGGAAACACCCAGGCCAUCGUCAUGGUUGCCGCAGAAGCGGCAGUGGCUAGGAUCAUUGCGUACCGGGGCUGA